AAAGCUCAAGAUUCACAUGGAAUAUUUGGGACUACGAGGAACACAAAGGAGAUAAUUUUAAUGAUUACACGUAUCACGGAGGAUUACGGAGCAACAGCGAUUUAUCGAGUACGAGCAAGCGGAAGUAAAAGGGAAAAAACGGAUAAAAAGAAAAAGAUGGAAGGCGAUUUUUGUAGCAUCCACAACGUGACCAAAGUGCAAAUUAAUAAUGUGUUGUCUUGAGCUAGUCAGUGGUCUUUUAAAGUUCGGCGAGGCAAGUUAUACGUAUUCUAAAGAAAGAACGUUUAAUAAAAAUGCGACGCUUGAGUAGCUUCAAUCUAAAUUAACAAUGAUAUAACACGUAUAUAAUUAAUCCUUCUGAUUACUAAUAAAAACUACAUUAUUUUGUAUCGAUUUUAUAACCGAGUCUAUCGUUUAAAUAGUGCCACCUCUGAAUACUGGGAUUCCCCUUGAAAAUCUAAUUUUUCUAGGAUCUACUCACAAGAAUCUCAUCGAGAUCGAUUACUCAAAGGUCCCCUAAUGUUACAUGUACAUCGUAAUUUCAUAAAAAGUGAAGCAAUACCCGAUCCUAAUUGGUUUACUAGGAUUUUUGAAACUUUAACAGCAUGGGGAGCACGGUUAAAAUCCCAAUUUCAGGGGAACUACCCAAUUCGAGGACGAACAAUACAAACAACGUGGAGUUGCCUAUCGAUAUGCGUUUUAACGAAGGCCACGUUGUUAGCAUAAUCAUUUACAGCGUGUUGAUGAUAAUAUCCGCCGUGGGGAACACAACAGUUUUAGUGCUAAUUACGCGACGCAAACGUGCGUCCAAAUCGAGGAUACACGUAAUGCUGAUGCACCUUGCGAUUGCAGAUUUACUUGUCACUUUCCUCAUGAUGCCCCUCGAGAUCGGUUGGGCCAUCACGGUGUCCUGGAAAGCAGGGGAUGCUAUGUGCCGAAUAAUGGCUUUCUUCAGAGUGUUUGGCUUGUACUUGUCAUCCCUAAUUUUGGUGUGCAUAAGCAUGGACAGAUAUUACGCCAUAAUACGGCCCCUCCAGCUACGGGACGUCGACAAGAGAGGAAAAAUCAUGAUAUGCCUCGCCUGGGUGGGAUCCAUCGUAUUCUCCAUGCCUCAGAUGGUAGUGUUUCACCUGGAGACCCAUCCAAACAUCACCUGGUACUCGCAGUGCGUCACGUUCAACACAUUUCCAACGUACACUCACGAAGUAACGUAUUCUCUGUUUGGAAUGGUCGUAAUGUACUGGUUUCCUCUCAUCGUGAUAAUAUACACUUACACCAGCAUUCUGUUGGAGAUAUGUAAGAGAACGAAGAAGAGCGAGCACGACAAGAUUCGUCGCUCGUCUAUGGGUUUUCUAACCAGAGCUAAAAUACGAACUCUGAAGAUGACUGUGAUCAUUGUCGCUGUGUUCUUCAUCUGCUGGACGCCGUACUACAUUAUGAGUCUUUGGUAUUGGAUCGACCGGCACUCCGCGUACAAAGUGGAUCAACGAAUUCAAAGAGGCCUCUUCCUGUUCGCAUCCACCAAUUCCUGUAUGAAUCCCAUCGUUUAUGGUGCGUUCAACAUACGAGACCGCAACAAGGUAUCUGUACGGCCAACUACGUUGGAAACUCGGGUCACCCCGUUGUCUUUGUCGCUCAGACUUCUGGAUUGAUGACGUUUAUGGAAAGCAAUAUAAACGUUACAAUGUCGAGUCGAAUCGUUGGCACAAAAGUCGACUGUAGUAAACUACGUGAUAAAUAGAAAUAAUACAAGAGUGUUCAGAGUCGAAGAUGGAAGAAUCAAAGUAUAGAGUAUCUAAAUAAUAAUAAAUUAUUGAAUUUCUAACGUCUGUAUCGCGAAGCGUUCAUUAGACAAAGAAUAAGAGCUUAGUAAGUAAGGUACCGAUGAGAUUAUUUUUCUACGAUAAGAAAUGUUAGUGAAAUAAGAAUUAUGGUGAUCUGAGAGAGUUAAAACACGGGUUAUUAUGACAAACUGUUAUAUUUGCUCCGUUUUAUUGGUACAUUGUCUUUGAAAAAACAUUCGUUACGUCUUUUUUACAUUAUGCUAAGUAACUUCUUGCCUGAAUGUAUGUGUUAAACAAUUAAAGAAGAAAAAAAAAGGAUUACAAAACUACACCAGCGAACAUGCUCUUUCAGUAGGAAACAGUCAAAAAUGGAAGCACACGUUCUCGAUCCACUACAAACUGGUUUUUCAACGUGUAUGUACAUUCAAAACGAUUCUUAUAGGAUAACAGUCUUCUCUUUUUACUUCGAAUGCAAGGCGUGUUCGAUCGCGAGAAAAGUGAC